AUGCCUACUCCAGCGACUACCCAGGAAGCAGCUCCUCCACGCAUUUCUCCUACACGAGCUCUUCCAGUCAGCUCCACUGCACAACACAUGUCUCGUCCGCACGUCACCACAUGGACAAGCACUCUCUCCCAGGCUCAUAUGGCUAACUCUCCGCUCGCACCUUCACACGCUGAGAGAGGCUCCCGGACUCCUCAAGGCGCUUCAACUGGACUGCAGGCUGCCCAUUCAGCAACAGUUCCAGGCAUGGAGAUGCUCAAAUUCUCCUUUAAGCAAGAACUCGAUAUCCGUAUGAGAAGAGUGGAGCAAUCGGCAGACAGCAUAGGGAGUUUUCUGGACCAGACCAUAACGCACGACAAUGACCGGGUGGACCUCAACACUCAUCCUCGAAUGGGGCCUACCGGAUCAAAAUGGUGGGUGGACUCUCGAUGGCAGAUGAGGUCGUUCGACCUCGGGAACGGGGAUCUCGAUGUGCCUACCACUUCAGUCAGUCGACGUAUAUUGCUUUACUCCCCCUGGUUCAAGGAUGACGGACCUAUCUUAGGCCCACCCGAGUGCGUACAACACAUCCGAGCGACAUGGGGAUAUCUAGAUACGCACCACAAGAUCAAGUCAAGCUGGUCUUCCAUGAUCUGCGUCAAACAAGCGGGUUGGGGAUGGAAUGUAUCCGAGCUCAAGCAGAUCGCUCAAGCCGCGAUCUACUUCGAAGACGCCUGGGUCCAAUUGACGUCCAUGGAUGGUACGAUGUGUCAGAGAAACUGGCAAGACAAUCCCGUCCUGGCGCCACAAUCUCGAUCCCAAGCCAUGGUAACCGUCGGGGCCAUGAACCACACGGCCGAUUUGAUACAGUUGUUCCUGGCAAACAAACACAUGUGGGCCCUGCAAGACAGGAAAUCCAAGGCACAUCGUUUAUCCUUUGUUGAGCCCCUCAGCAGGUUUGGCACAGUGCGAGAGGUGAAGUUUGGCUCACUAACUCUACACACAGCGGCUGAUGCUGUCCAUUGGACUAGCUUCACGUUGAACCUUGUUUAG